UCACUGAAGCCGAGUCCGCGGGUAGAACCGUGGGAGAGCAAAAGCCGCCGCCGCCGCCGCCAGGACGAGGAGACGGAGGCGCUGGCUCCCCCAUCCAAGACGAGGAGAAUGGAGGCAACUAAGAGGCAAGCAUCGGAGGAAAUCUUGAGCUCAUCGCCACAUGAGCUGCAGCCGCCGCCGGCGGAUGCGCCCCAUUCCGAGCCUACAUCCCGCGGCCAGGAACCAACGCAUGUCUCGAGAGGAGAAGAAGGGGAUGGCGUCGACCGCAUCAGCAGCCUCCCCGACGCCGUCCUCGGUGAGAUCAUCUCCCUCCUCCCCACCAAGGACGCCGUCCGCACCCAAUCUCUCGCCUCCCGAUGGCGCCACCUCUGGCUCUCCGCCCCGCUCAACCUCGACCACACCAGCCUCCCCGCCGACGAGCAAGUCCAAGUCCGCAUCAUCUCCCGGAUCCUCGCUGCUCACCCUGGCCCCGCCCGCCGCUUCUCCGUGCCCCCAUUCCUCGCCCACUGCCGCCUUGCAACAGUCAACGCCUGGCUCCAAUGCCCGGCGCUCGAAGUCGUUGAUGGAGAAGUACCCUAUCACUUUCUGUGGGAUGAACUGCCACCUCUGCCGGCCUCCACAUUCCGUUUCUCGGCCACCCUCCGCGUGGCCACCUUCUGCAAAUUCGACCUGACGGGCAUGGCCGAGAAGCUUCAGUUUCCCCAGCUUAGGCAGCUUGGACUUGAACGUGUCGAUAUCUCAUAUACUGCCCUAAAUAGUAUCAUUGCCGGCUGCCCUGUCCUUGAGUACUUGCUGAUCGACAUGGGCAUCUGCUUCAGUCCUCCCAUUCGGAUCAACUCCCCAAGCCUUAGAAGCAUUGCCAUGAGUUCUGUGAAUCUAAUCAUUGAGGAUGCACCUUCGCUUCAAAGGUUACUCAAUCUUAAUCCAUAUAAUGCCUUGCGUGUAUCAGUAAUUUCAGCACCCAAACUGGAGACUUUGGGCUGCCUCGGCGAGUAUAAACUGGUAUUCGGCACCACAGUUAUUCAGAACUUGCGUGCAGAUUGCUUUACGACAGUGGCGUCGACAGUGGCGUCAAGUGUCAAGAUUUUAGGGAUCAGUAUAAAUAAUCUUAGCUUGGAUACGGUUAUUGACUUAAUGAGAUGCUUUCCCUGCUUGGAGAAGUUGUACAUCCAGUCAUAUGGGGCAAAGGACAAAAACUUGUGGCGCCGUAAGCAUCGCAAUCUUACAAGAUGCCUUGACAUCCGCCUCAAGACAAUUGUGCUAAAAAAUUACCGAGGCAUGAUGUCACAAGUUAACUUUGCAACGUUCUUUGUAUCGAAUGCCAGGAUGCUAGAGUUCAUGAGAUUUGAGGUUGGAAUCGGCAAUGUCAACAAAAUGUUUAUUGCAGAGCAGCAUAGAAAGCUUCAACUAGAGAAAAGGGCAUCUAGAAAUGCGCAGUUUUGUUUUACAAGCGGGUGUCGCCAUGCUGCACAACUUUCUCAUGUCAAGCAUGUUAGUGAUUUGUCUAUAACCGAUCCCUUUGAAUGUAGAUGUUGAAACUGGGUUUCAUAUUUCUUGCACGAUCUCAUUUUGUAUUCUGUCCGAACUUCUUUUGUUCUCUUCUUGUAUCUUGACCUUGGGAAGGCAAUCACUAUGCUCUGAAUGCUUUAUUGGUAUACAGUGAUAGCCUUACACACGGGAUA